AUGAGCGCACCCGAAUCCAGCACAGUACAGCCUAAUACGCCUGUCCCUGGGGCCCGUACUCCCACAAACGUACCAAAUGUACCUCUUCUCGGUGAGGGCUUCCCGGAAAGACCCCAACCUGUUUUAUGCGAGGCCAACGGCAGUGAUGUUGAGGAGGCGGCAGGCAUGAAGAAUGGAAAGCGAAGAUUGUUUGGCUUUGGCAAGAAGAAGGAAGAAAGCAAGGCGAAGGGGAAGAAGAAAGGGGAUGCUGCUAUAGUUGCCAGCAGUGCUUCAACGAUCACUUUCCAACCUGUUCCCCGGAAAGUUCCACUUGGGUCUUCCCCGAGAUCCCACCCAAACCAUCCUUACCUUGUCUCGCCCGCUGGAUCUCAAAUCUUCGAGCGCGAUGUGCAGGAAAGCUCUCUCCCCAUCACGAAUUCUCCCGCGAUUCCCUCCCAUAUUCAGACAGAGAAUCACAUACCACCUGUCCUUGAUGCAUCGUCAGAAGCCAUCACAAACCGUUUCAUUGAUCCAGACACGGUCGAGAUUGUGAUGCAUUCAUACCAUCAACCAGCGGCUAUACCAGCCUCUAUGAGCUUUCCAGGCUUAGGAGGCCUUGAACCGAGUGGUGGAACUGGUCUCUACGCAGAUGAUGCAGGUACCCAUCCAGAAAAGGAUGAUGCAGCUUCAAAUCAUGGCGCUCUCGAAAGCACAGAUGCUCCGCGGCUGAGUUUUAUAUCCUUCUCAGAUAUCUUACAGUCAGAGCAUGCAGAGCACGCGGGGUUCAGAGACUCUUUCUACGUAGCGGGCUUGAGCUCGCUGUCCUCGGGUCACAAUGAAUCUCCAUCGCCAAUUCGUUCUCCUGUGUCGUCUCAAGGUUUCAGCUCUUCUCCACCAACAAGUCAGUCAGCAUCGUUGAAAGGCAUUGAAAUGUCUCCCAAAGGAAGGCCGCUUGGAAGCCCAACCUCAACUCACGCCUCUCUUGGCGAGUUGACGAUAGAAACAAUGACUCAAGCAUUGAGAAGAACCGGAAGUAGAGAUCUUAGUGGCAUGCGGAGCCGACCUCUGAGCCCAUCGAGUCCCGAUGGACUGUCUGAGCAGUCUUUCAGAUGA